ACUCAUUCCACUUUUCUCCCUCCCUCCCUCUGUCGUAUAUGUCUCUGCCUGCUAUAGUACCUCAUUCAUUUAUAUAUAUAUAUAUAUAUUAUUUAUAUUAACCUAAUAUGUACUACUACUGCCACUAUCAUAUAUUCUCUCUUAAUAUCAACAACUAGAAAAUAAAAAUAAACAAAAACAACACCGCAUUCAUUCAUUCCAUUCAUUCAUUCUAUCGUGUAUGCUUAGUUCCUACCUACAACAACAACAUAAACAUUUCACUUCUUUCGUCAUGGAUGGCACCAACAACAACACUUCAUCGGUGCCACCACCAAUACAACCUCCUGAUGCAUCAUCAGCACCAACAACUCCUUCAUCUUCUCCGGCGACUACCGGAGUCGCAGGAAGAUACCGUGGAACCCGUUGUAGGAGUGGUAAAUGGGUAUCAGAGAUACGUGAGCCACGUAAAACAAAACGCAUUUGGUUAGGAACAUACCCUACUGCUGAAAUGGCAGCUGCUGCUUAUGAUGUUGCAGCUCUUGCUUUAAAAGGACCUGAUACUACUCUUAACUUUCCCAAUUCAAUACUAUCUUACCCUAUUCCUGCUUCAUUGUCUUCAACUGAUAUUCGUGCUGCUGCUGAAGCUGCUGCACAAACCAGAAUCAUGAGACCAGCACAACAAGAUCAACAACAACAAAACCCUUCAGCUUUUAGUUUUGAGGGGUCUUCUUCAAGUAGUGGAAUAUUGCAACAACAACAAGGUCAUCAUCAUGAAUAUAUUGAUGAAGAUGAGUUGUUGAAUAUGCCAAGUUUGUUAGAUGAUAUGGCUAGAGGAAUGCAGUAGCUGGUUUUGAUCUUGCUGCUGAUUUUGGAUCUAUGUGUAUAUAUGGAGGGAUUAGGUCAUUUUCAUUUCAUCAUUCAUUGCCACAUAUUUUAAUUUUUAGGUGAUAAUGAUCUGAAUGAAUCUGAUAGAAUUUUCAUAUGAUCUAAUCAGUUGGGGAGGUUACCUAUGUGUAUAUGUGAUUUGAGUCUAAAAAGAUUCAACUUUUGAUUCUGGAUCUUUUUAGUUUCACUCUAUCAAUAUGCGAUUUUCUUAUUUUAUUUUUGUAUGAGGAUUGCCCUUUUUCUUCUGAAUAAAAUUACUUCUGCAAGUUUACAA